AUGAUGGAGAAAAAACUCGGUCAAUUACAACCUCUUAUGCAGGAGCUCUUUGAGCUCAGUAACUCACCUGGCUUGUCUGUUGGUGUUUUACACCAGGGUGCUCUGUUGAUGACCGCUCACUUUGGAAGACUCAGAGCUUCACAGCCAAAUCCACCAAAUGACGACACUCUCUAUACUGUCGCCUCAAUAACAAAGCUAAUGACGGCGGGCGUCGUUUCCAAUCUCGUGGCUCAAGGGCUACUAGAUUGGGACACGCCCAUCCGUGAAUAUCUUCCAGAAUUUGGAGAGAGAGAAGAUAUCAUUGGCCAAGAAGCAACAGUGACAGACUUUUUAGCAAAUCGGUCUGGUCUUUCGCACAAAACACUUUUUGGGGAACUAUGAACGAAGACAUCUUGACGAACCGAGAACUUCUCCCAAAGUUGGCAUGUCACAUACCAGCUAUCGGGCAAUUUCGAAAUUCCUUCAUCUAUUCCACAUGGGGCUAUGGUCUCGUUACGUCUGCAAUUGAGCGAGUGAUGGGUAAACCUUUCAGUGCCUGUGUUGAAGAGUACAUCUUUCAACCACUUGGUAUGCAUCGCAGUACCACGAAUAUUCCACAGAUCGAAAAUGUGGCCUUCAAGGAUUGGGUUGGAAAUGACGGAGUCGCACACGAAUUCCCAUGGUCACUUGAUAGAGGCUGGUCUGAUGAAACAGGUUUCGCUGGCGCGGUGGCAGCAAGAAGUUCUAUGAAAGAGCUGUUGAUCAUGUACCAGUCACUUUUACAUGCAUAUGACCAUUAAUUCAGAAACAACGUUGACCAUACUUUGGGAUCGCCUUUCAAAUACACUCGUCGCCUACUCUAUCCCCACAUUGGAGUUGGGACAGCGUCGCCUGAGAAACAGGGUUACUGUCUAGGAACCUACAGAAUGCAACUUCCAGGAGAUAUCUCCACUGCAAGCUACAACGCCCUUCUUCUGCAACAGAAAAACAGCCGAAUCUUUGGGAAAUCCCACGCUGGUCGCAUCAUAUUUCAUCAAAUAGCCACUUUCACUGGUUACAAUGAAUCCAUGCUAUUGGAUCCUUUGUCUCACACUGCUGUAGUAGUGCUUGUUAAUUCGUUGCCAUCUUUCGAUAUCACGGAUAUUCUUGGAAAGUUACUUCUUGGGGCGAUACUAGGAGAGGAGGACCCAACAAACUUCACAAGUUUAGCAAGGUCGGUCAAGGAUGUCAACAAGGUGCACUACGAAGUCUACGCAGCAGGUCUCAACAAAAAGAAAUCCAACGUAGCCCUAACUUUCCCUUUAACACACUAUGAGGGGGAGUACUGGAACAAAGACAGAAUUAUCUGCUAUCAGGUGCAUGUCCAUGGAGAAGAUCAAAUUAGGAUAAAUGUGAAAGGUAGCACAUUGACUAAUUACAUCUUACGUUCUUGGGGGGGAGAUCCCUUUGUUCUCUUACCAGACAGAGAAAAGGAACUCUCGCAGAGCAUGUGGCCAUUCACAUCUCUCAAAACUCGCAUGUUCAAAUUCAACUGUGGCUCUUUGAGUGUACUGAGCUUCACAUGGCAUCAGGAUAUAACGCCUGGAAGUACACCAGAAACUUUCACUAAAGACAAUCUGGAAUUGACGGCGAAGUUGUAG